GAGAUUUUCUGCCAAGUUUGUGGCAAAGGGUUUGAUUCUAUGAGAGCUUUGUUUGGCCACAUGAGGCACCACUCGGGAAAGAAGAAGAAGAAAGAGCAAAUCCAUUGCAAAAAAUGUGGGAAAGAGUUUGAGUCUUUGAGGGCUCUGAUUGGCCACAUGAAGAGCCAUUCAUCGGAGAAGAGAUUUGUUCUUGGUGGUGGUGUACAAAGAGAGAAGCUUUUUGGGGAAACGAGCCAGUUGGUGCGCAAGAAAAGGUCGAGGAGAUUGUUGAGGUACAGGGCUGUUAGUCCCAAUUGUUCUUUUUCUUAUAAUAAUAUGAGUGAAUGUUCUAGUGGGGUUGAGCUUCUUGAUCAUGAUAAAGAAGUGGAGGAGGUUGCUUUUUGCUUGUUGAUGUUGUCUAGAGGUGUUCACAGCUGGGAUGAAUUCUGCUCGGUCGCCGAGUCGUCGGAUAACUCCGAGUCUCCGAAUCACAUCCCGGGGAAUGGUGAUGGUGAUGGUGAUGGUGAUGGUGAUGAUGGAUGGCUCAAGUUGGUGAAGAAACCAAGGCUGGAGAUGUUGGAGCUGUUUGGUGGGAAGAAAGUGUCCGACUUUAGUGAAAAUGAUUUUGGGCUCGGAAAUGAUGGUGAGGAAAAGAUGGUGAGUUUGGAAGCUUCUGUUUCUAAUGGUGAUACUGAUUAUGAGAAAGAGAAAGAAAGUGAAGAUGGGAUUGGAAAUAUCAACUCCGUCGGAUUGGAAUUUGAUGAGAAUCAAAGAGAGGAAGUAAUAGUAGGAGCGGAUCUUGUUUCUCAUAGCAAGAAGAGCGAGUACAAGUGCAGGACUUGCAACAAGAUUUUCCACUCUCAUCAGGCACUUGGGGGCCACCAAACCAUCCACAGGCUAGCCAAGAACAGCUUCCCCGCCUUCCAAUUCGACGUCACCGCCGCGCGGUGCAGCGAUUUCCCCGGGAUUGAAGCCGAGCCCAAUGAUAAUUCAAUGGAGAUGGAGAUGGAGAUGGAUCGAGUGACUUUGACAAGUUAUGAGAGUAAUACUAACAAUAAGGAGCACAAAUGUCCCAUAUGCUUCAAGGUGUUUGCUUCAGGCCAAGCUUUGGGUGGCCACAAAAGGGCUCAUACUGUUAGAGAUUCUGAAGUUGAAGCGGACCAGAUCACAUUGAUGAAGCAAGAAGUUUGUAAUAUCUCAGAUGUACUUGAUGUUGGUGUUUCAUUGACACUAGGGGAUAUUAACGCCAACAAUGGUGUUCAGCUCAAGCCAUGGUGGGUCAAAAACGACCACAAACAUGAGGUGCUGGUGGGUCUAGUGCCCAACUGAGAGGACUGAUUUCAUCUAAUCAUUGCUCUCUUGGAGUAUCAGUGAUUUUUUCUUUCUUUUCUUUUUUUCUUUUUUGGGUGGUUUGGGGAAAAUUCAUAUAGAAAAAAGCUUUUGUGGUUUUGACUU